AUGGAUACUAUUUAUGCCUUAGUCCAACUAGAAAAUGAGGAUACUUUUAUGAUUGUUAAUUAGAUGAUAUCAAUGUUAAAUAAAACGAUUAAGUGAAAAUAGAAAAUAUUGAAUAGAAUUGAAUUUUUGCUAAGCACGGCCCUUUUAAAAAAGAAAGAAUAACAAUACUUCAUACAAAAAAUAGCUUUCAAAAUUUUGGAAACAAUCUAUAUAAAAGAUUAUUUAUAACCAACAAAAUACCUUAUCCAUCUUUGA